AUGGUUGGUCUCACCCGUGUACUUCCAGCUGCAAGGCAGUCUUAUGCACUUGCUCGACAACUUGGUUAUCGAUCCAUCUCCUCCAAUUCUUACGUGUGGCGUUCAGGUGAUAAUGUAUCAAGAACAGGCUUCCUUAGUGUGGGUAUUCGCCGCGAAGAUAAGAGUCGUUGGGAGAGACGAUCACCUUUGACUCCAGAGGCUGUCAAGGAUCUUAUUGAGCAAACUGGAGCACAAGUCUAUAUUCAGCCGAGUACUAAGCGCAUCUUUACUGACAAUGCCUAUGUCAAGGCAGGUGCUACGUUGACUGAAGAUCUCUCGCCUGCCGAUGUUAUUUUGGGAAUCAAGGAAGUGCCAACAUCCAAAUUGUUGCCUGGCAAGACAUACGUCUUCUUUUCACAUACGCACAAGGGCAAAAAGGAGAACAUGCCUAUGCUCAAGGAUAUCCUGGAUAAGAAAAUACGCUUGAUCGAUUAUGAGCUUAUCAAGGAUCCCGAGUCUGGAAAGCGAUUAGUGGCCUUUGGGCGUUUUGCAGGCAAUGCAGGCAUGGUGGAUGGUUUGCAUGGCAUGGCACACCGCUUCCUUGGGCUUGGUUACAACAUGCCUUUGAUGUAUUUAUCUAUGGCUCAUAGCUACCGUAGUGUAGCAUCAGCUAAGCUUGCAGUACGAAAAGCUGGUAACCUUAUAGAAGAGGAAGGCACGCCUAGCGAUUUUGGCCCACUCGUGUUUGGAUUUACUGGUGCUGGAAACGUGGCUCAGGGUGCCUUGGAGAUUUUCAAGGAACUUCCCCAUGAGUUUGUUCCCGCUGAAGAUUUGCCCAAGCUUGUGAAGGAUAAGAAUCCCCGAUUAAAGAAGGUUUAUGGUGUGCAACUAGAAACAAAAGACUAUAUUCGCAACAAGACGGGUGCACCUUUAGCGUCGCAUCAUGAUUACUUGAUCGCACCAUAUGUCAACUCGGUUGUCACGGGAGCAUACUGGGAUCAGCGCUAUCCACGACUCAUGAGCAAUGAGGAUCUUGCCCAAUUCCAACGACUACAAAAACAAGGUUCAAUCGAUAAGGGCAAGAUGAUGUCGCUGGUGGAUAUCGUGUGUGACCCAAGGGGUGCAUUUGAGUGCUUGUCUCGUACAGCCAAUAUUGAAGAUGGCUUUUACUAUUACGACGCGAUCAAGAAUGUUGAACAUCAAAAUGUUGAAAAGGAUGGCAUUCAAAUCAUGGGUAUCGAUAUCCUUCCUGCUGAACUUCCAAUCGAAAGCAGUGAGCAUUUUAGCCAGGUCUUGUAUCCAUUCAUCAAGGAUUUGAUCCAUCCUUCCACCAACGACUUUAAGAACUUGCCAUCGGUCCUUGCUAAUGCCACUAUCGCCGACAAUGGAAAGCUUCUUGGUGAACACUCCUCUCUCAAUACCCAUAUCGCCCAACAAAAGGAGAAGCAGACCGUUCUACUCCUUGGAUCGGGCAUGGUGGCUCGCCCAUUAGUCCAACACUUACUUCGUCGAUCCAACGUGCGCGUUGUCAUUGCUAGCAAUGCUCUUAGCGAAGCUGAAAGUUUGGCUUCUCAAUGCCAGGCCGCUAGUAACCAGGAGGGUGGUGAAACAGAAGCCGUGCAAUUGGAUAUCUCUGAUAAGGAAAAGCUUGGAAACCUAGUCUCUGGAGCCGAUGUUGUUGUGAGUUUGGUGCCUGCAUUUUUGCAUGACACUGUUGCCAAGACCUGCAUUGACCACCGCAAGCACAUGGUGACAGCAAGCUACGUAUCUCCGGAGAUGGAAAAGUUGGAUGACGAUGCAAAGCGUGCAGGAAUUACCAUCAUGAACGAGGUCGGGCUGGAUCCUGGUAUCGAUCACAUGUCGGCAAUGAAAAUCAUUGAUGAAGCAAAGGCACAUGGCAAAAAGGUGCGCUCGUUUGUGUCGUGGUGUGGUGGUCUCCCAGCACCUGAAGCAUCCAAUGUGCCAUUGGGUUACAAGUUUAGUUGGUCACCUCGUGGCGUACUCACUGCCAGUGGCAAUGACGCUGUCUAUUGGGCUGAUGGCAAGCAACACAAUAUCGCAGGCGUUGAUUUGCUCAAACAACAUUUCCCAUCUGUGCGCACACCAUUCCAAGGAUUCACCUUUGAAGGCUUGGCCAACCGAGAUUCGCUCAAAUACACCGAUAUCUAUGGAUUAGGAAACUUGAAUGACAUGGAUACUAUGUUCCGUGGCACCUUGCGUUAUCAGGGAUACUCUGAUUUGCUUUAUGCAUUUAGAAAGCUUGGUUUCCUUUCUUUGAAUGAAGACUUUACAUCACUUGUUUCAUCUUGGGGUAAACAAGCAAACGAUGUCCUAGCUGGUGAUAAAAAGGCCUUGGCACAAAUGCUACAUCUUGAUCAAGACAACCCUGUGAUUGAUCGCACCGUUGAUGCAAUGCGCUUCCUAUUCACUUCAGGUGUUCCCGACAGCAUGUACAAGGCACCCACAUCGCUCGAUGCGUUCUCGAUUAUCCUCGCUAAUAGAUUGGCUUAUAAACCUGGUGAGCGAGAUAUGACGGCCAUGCAGCACGAAUUUGUGAUUGAAGAUAGAGUCACCAACAAAACGGAGACGGUCAUUUCUACAUUGAUCGAUUAUGGCGUCCCUAACGGCGAGACUGCUAUGGCAAAAACGGUCGGCUUACCAGCAGCAAUGGCAACUGAGCUUAUUCUUGACAACAAGAUCCAUGAUCGUGGUGUCUUGAGACCCAUCUCUCCUGAUGUCUACUUGCCUAUUUUGGAUCAACUCGAAGAACAAGGCGUGCGUUUCGUUGAACAAACAAUUGAAGGACAUCGUAGACCCCUUUCUGAUGCUACUGGUAGUGGAUUGUGGGCAGCUUAG